AUGUGUUAUCCUAUGAAUCAUUUGGGUACCAAGCUUGUAACAAUGGAUGUCCCUCUUUUGAAAAGUGAAGGACAAGUUAAAGGGAGUGGUGCUUCAUUCGGCAAAAUCACUUUCUCACCAGAUGGCAAGCUUGUAGCUAUUGGUGAUGCUAGUGGCCGCUUGACAAUUAGAUGCACUUGGACUAUGUGGGGACUCCUUAGGACAUAUGAGCUCGGGUCCAAAAUUCGGGACAUAUGUUGGCACCCUGUCCAGUCAGACACCUUGUUUAUCGGCUGUGGGUUGGGGAAUUUUUAUUGCCUAACAAUGGAAGAAGAGGGUGAGAAAGUCAUUCGUCGGGAAGUCCCCAGCUUUAUACACACCAUUGCUCUCAAUGACAACAGGAACCAGUUGGUAAUUGGCUACAGCAAUAAUACUUGCAUCUCAGUUGUUUUGCUUGAUGACCCUUGCUCAGAUAUACAAAAACCCCUCAUACUGCUCAAGACCUUGAAGAGACCCAACCCUGAGAACAUUCCUCAUAGAAUAUUUUAUGUCUUCAAUGGCACAGUUCUCAUUGCAUAUUUCAGUACUUUAGGUUUUUUUGCAUAUCGGGGGUUCCAUCCUUACGACAAGCUGUUUGAAAUUGAAGCAAAAAACUGGAUGUGUUGCUCUCUCUCUCUGUCAAAGCUAACUCUUGCAGUCACAAAUUUGACGGAUGGUAUCGACUACUACUCUAUUACCCAGCAGCACUAUGCACACUCGAUAGGAUAUGAUGCCACAAAGGGCAGCACAACCAUUCGUUACACUGAGAUUGUAUUCUUAGACAACAUGACCGUGGCGGCUGCUCACGUGUCAGGAAGUCUCGUUGUCGCAAGCUGGGACCCUACCUUGAAACCUUCUAUCAAUGUUCUUCACAAGAACGAUGGGACUCUCAGCCUAUCACAAGUACUGGCAUACAAGCUCAUCAAUGAGUGGCUGACAAUUCUAUUUGGUAAUGGCGAGGAGGCGCAGACAGACAUCAUGAUUGCCACCUUCAAAUUCCCAACAUAUACAGCUGAGCGGGAGAAUGAAGUUGUCAUAGUGGCUCACGUUGCUCUUCCAAUGAAUGCAUAUAAUGAAGCAUGGCUUGCUGACCAGACUUGCCUUGAUGGCACUAUCAUUGUAAGACCCAUGAUGCAAAGUUAUGAUUUCAACCAUGACACACAAAUCUUCCAAUUCAUGAACUAUAUCCAACCCUCCUUCUUCGCUCCCCCCUGA